UUUUCUAUCUGGAGAAACCGGAGAGGAAGGAUCCACCGAUCCACGAGGGGGUGGCCGCGGGGGUGACGAGGCCAAGAGCGCGCAGGUCGGGGUGGUAAGGUUGGAUUAGCGUCGGGGAGGGUGUCAGAGGAGGGAGAAGAGCGGCAGAUGGUCGGCGUGGACCCUGACGUGGGAAGCUCCGAAUUCUCCAAGUUCCCACAGCCAGAGUGCACCUGCCCUCCCCACUCUGUCACCCCGUCCUGCUCGCCUGGGCCUAUAUAAGGUCCGGGGUUGCUCGUCUAAGGCAUCAUUCGCUCACUAGCGUUUCGUUCCAAACCAACUCGCAAAGCGCACACGCAACUUUUUUCGAGUCUUCUUCGAGCCUCGAAUCAAGCUUACGUACAUACACGCAAAAUACACACGCUUUUUCAAAAAAAGAGAGAGAGAGAAAGAAGAAGAAGAGUUCGAGUUUUGCCGCGAGUUCCAGUGAGCAUCGUCGGAUCGUGGAGAGGAGAGAAAGAAAGAGAGAGAGAGAAAGGGAAAGAGAAAGACCGUAUUUAAAACCGGUUCAACCGAGUGUCUUCCUCGCACGAGACAAGGAGCAGAGGAAAGAUGGCCGCCGCCACUAUGAGCCACGUGUUCGAUUACGAGAACGAGCUGAACGACAAUCUGUACAAUCUGAAGAUGUCGGGGAAAGGUAGCACGACACCGAAACGGGUGAGGGGCGUGUUGAGACCGAUUCUGAGGCUGUUGAAGAAGAGGACGAGCAGAGGGAAGGUUGGAGGGAAGGGGCAGAAGGCGAUGCCGCAGGUCGAGAUCUUCACCGAGGAGGUUGACAAUCAGAACAAUGCCAACGAGGCGUUGGAGAGGAGAUUGUUGGCCGAGCUUCAGGACGCCGAGGAAGGGGCCGCUAUCACUGUCUGUUUGGACGGGCAGAUGACAGUUGUUCCCGUUGUUCCUGGCCAGUGCUACGUGCCCGUACAUUUCGCGCACACCCACGCGGGGGACUUCUACUGGACGACCCUGAGCAUGACCGACAGUGAUCUGUGCUACAAGGAGCGCGCCUUCUCGCAGCAUCAGACGCCCGAGAUGCAGGUCGCGUGAACAAGAGGAGAUCAUCUCUGGUGUCAUCACCUCACAUCUACCUCAACGAUGGAGAAAAAUAAAAUCUCGAUCUUGUCGAAGGGAUUUUGACGAAGAAGAAGAGGAAGAAUUCCUCGUCGUGCCUCGCCGAAUGUGAAGAUUCGAAUAGAGGGGAACUUUUGGGUGAUAUCUGAUUGGAGAAGAAGGUGGAGAAGAAGCAUGCUUGUUUUGAAGAUGAAAGGGGUUCCCUCGAAAGGGGAUUCAGAGACUGCGAUUUUAGAUAAGAUAAUAUCGAAACUGUGAUAAAUAGAUUGUUAGUUUUCCAACUGAUCUUUUGCUGAGAAAAUUGCGCUCUCUUUGAUUCCAUGAUCAGUUGGAGAGAUUAUUCUAUUUUUUUGAGCUUUCUUUUUUUCUUUUUUUUUUUUUUCCUUUCUUUAAACGAAUACCGCGACAAUGUAAGAAAGUUGAUCGCAAUUGUGAUAUUUGUACCUAUUUUAGAUUAAUUGUUGUAACGUAUACUUUGUGAUAUUGGCUUUAACAUCGUCGUAUUGACGAAACUUCCUACUACUGUCUUCCAAUUUAUUAAGAAUAUAAUAAUAAAAUCUAAUUGUAAACGUA